AUGCUGACGAUUCUGCCAUUUAUUUGGCUCUUCACACUCGUUUCCUCUUCCGAACUGGGUGCGACGUUCGGCGAUGCGGCAGUAUCACAACUCGUUCGACAUGCCGCAACGAAAAUCCUUCAGGAACCGAGGAUAGCUGAGCUAACCCUAAAAACACGUGAAUCCCCGUCCUUCGGUUCCUUCGCUCAUUUGGAUGUCCUUAAUCGGGUCAACUACAAGAAUAUUUCCGUCGUAUUUCAUGAGGAUUCCCUACAUGUUGUUGUUGACAGACUUUCUGUAAUUUCUCAUGGGAAUUUGUCGGAGAUGUUCUGGCCUUUCGGACUCGGGGAACAGGUUGUUGAUGUCGUUUUACAGCUUCAUCGUGGUGAAAUUCAUCUAGAAGCGGAAGACACAUCAUUCUCAUUAGGUGACUGUUUUUUGGUCGAACCAGAGUUGUCCGCUUCAGCGCCUGGACAUUGGAUUGUAAAUAAGGGUGUCUCUGCUGUCGCUUCACUAAUGCAACCACUUCUCGAUUCAGUACUAUGUAAUGCUCUUCGACAUCACAUUGGCAGUUUGGAAACCAGUAAAAUAAUGCACUUCCCUGUCUACGAUGUGAUCCCAGAACAAUUGCGGCGAUACGUUACCAAGAACGACACCACUCUUUUCUGCAGGUUAAAAAGCUUAAAAAUGGACGACCACCAGCUGACAGCUCGUGCGCAACUUCAAUGGGUGGAUAUUGCAGAAACUCCUGCAGUAUCGCUUCUUGAGGAUUCCGUGAACGCCACACUUCUAGACGUCGAGUUGACGGGGGAUGAUUUGGUGACGGUAUGGAUGGAAGAUGGUAUUAUCAAUGAGCUCCUCGAUCAGGUAGACUGGACUUUUGAAUGGAUGAACGAGCAACUUCCUGUAACAAGCCCAGUCAUUCCUCCGGACUCAAGGGAGUUCUUGACCACAUUAUGCACCGAAUGCUAUUUCCAAGUGAAUGUUGGAGCCAGAGGACGUCCUUCCCUAACAGCCACUAACAAUUCUCUCGUACUGGAAAAACGUGAUCGAGUUCAUCUCAGAGUGGUAAAUCCGGACCGUAAUCUUACCUCGGUGUUCGUGUCUUUCGUGCUCACAAUUGAGGCAGAAAUGCGUCCAUCUUUCGAUGGAGGUAUACUAAGAACGCUUGUCCAGUUACUUGACACGAAUAUCGAAAUGGAAGUGGGCGCAUUUCCGAAGACAUGGGGAUUGUUCAUGCAAGAUUUGAUGAGAGGUAUGAUCAUGGACAUGCUAUGGCCGGAAAUCAAAAACGCUAUCGAAGAACUCAGCUACGGGAAAGGAGUUCGUAUUUCACGAGCGUGUGGAGUUGAUCCGAAUGAAAUCAGCCUGGACAUCGGUGAAGGGAACUUCGCGCUGACAUCAAGACUAGCUCUUCAACAUCUGGACACAGAAAAAUGUUUGAAGGACUUGAAAAGUUCGUUACCAAACACCUCAAAAAUAUUCCAGAAAAUUGAACGAUGA